GAACAUUGGUUGGCGACGAGAAAAAAAAUGAAAGACACAAAAAUCCAAUAGUAAAAUUUGCGAGUUUCAUCAAAAAAAUCGUACAGGAAAAAUUACACAACCCCCAUAAACAUGCGAACAAAAUGCUGAAAGAAAUAUUUAAAAAGACGAAAUAUCGAAGAAAAUGUAAUUUUUUGAUACCAAUAUGUGUUGUGAUUAAUUAUUUGAUAUGUAUAAAUGGUGACAAAACCGAAAUCCCUCAAGGUUGUUCAGGGAAAAUUAGAUUAAGUGGUCCAUCGGGAUUCAUCCAUGAUGGUCUCGGAAAUUAUUCUGUAGGUGUCAAGUGCAGUUGGCUAAUUGAUGCGCGGAAUCACACGAGUUACGGCACCAUUAGUCAACGGUAUCGGUAUCCGGAUGAUCCGGUAUCGAUUCGGCUGCAUUUCGAAGAGUUCGCAACAGAAUGUAGUUGGGAUCAUUUGUAUGUUUUUGACGGCGACAGUGUAGAGUCGCCCUUGUUGGGUGUUUUUAGUGGCAUAAUGUACCAACAUAAUUUUAGUUUGCGCCGCAUUCCAGAGGUCGUUGCACUGUCUGGAGCGGCUCUCCUGCAUUUCUUUAGUGAUGACGCUUACAACAUGUCCGGCUUCAACAUUUCCUACAAAAUCAACGGAUGCCCUACAUCCACAUCCGCACUCAAUUGUUCGGGGCACGGAUAUUGCAGCGACGGCGAAUGCAUGUGUGACGACGGCUACGAAGGUAUCGGAUGUCACAUUCCCAUUUGCCCGAACAAUUGCAGUGCCGAGCUCCGUCAAGGACAUUGUCACGGCACAAAAUGCUCGUGCGCCGAAGGUUUCGCCGGCGCGGAUUGCAGUCAAGACAAGAGUCGCGGAUAUUGGGAGACCAUCGCUUAUGGCGAUCGCAGUUUAGAGGGCUCCGCAUCGCAUGGCGCUACCGUUUGGAAAGACUCGAUGUACAUAAUUGCCGGGGAAAGUUAUUCCAAAGGCGAGUUGCUGUACAUGUACGACUUGAACGGAAACGUUUGGGAAACGGUGCACAGUGAAAAUGUGCCGGAGCAACGGUAUGGCGCCUCAACUGUCAUUUAUGGCGACAAAAUUUACAUGUAUGGCGGCGUCGUGGACACGAAAAAUAAUCGGAAAGAGGUUUCAAGUGAGUUAUGGGCGCUGGAUGUGAAUGCACGUGUAUGGGAGAAUAUAACGGUAAAAGUCGAACAAUGUAACGCAACGAAUGCCAUGUGUGCCCCCCUUAAAUCUUCCGGCCAUUCUGCAACGCUAAUCCCGGGCUUCGAGGGAAAUCGUCGCAAAAACCCGCAAUAUAUGUUGGUUAUUUUUGGGCAUUCGCCCGAAUUUGGCUACCUCAAUACCGUACAAGAGUACAAUUUCGCCACGAGAGAAUGGAAAAUCCUCCAAACUCGCGGAUUUCCCGUAAAAGGCGGAUACGGACAUAGCGCCAGUUACGACGAACUCACAGAACGAAUUUACGUCUAUGGCGGCAUUGUAUCGGAAAACGAAAGUACUCAAAUGUUAUCCACAAAAUUGUUCAGUUACGACCCUCUAACACGUACUUGGACCAUGCUCACUCCCGCUCCAAGUGGGCGCUUCCUCCAUACCGGAAAUUUCAUCUCGCCCGGACUCAUGAUGGUUUUUGGCGGGAAUACUCACAACGAUACGCUACACAGUUUUGGCGCCAAAUGUUAUUCGAACGAUUGGAUGAUCUACGACGUGAUCUGCGAUUCGUGGAAUGUGCAACAAAUCCCGGCGGAUCUCUCCGGGGACCUUUCCCGCUUUGGGCAUUCAGCAGUUUUAUUCGAAAAAUCGUUGUACAUUUACGGCGGCUUUGAUGGGCAGAUGUUAAGUGACAUGUUAAAGUACACCCCGGGCACUUGUAAAAUUAUGUCAGGACCUGGAGGAGCAGAAAGUUGUGUUAAAACCUACCCCGGGCUGAAAUGCAUUUAUGACAUCCAAAAAAGUGAGUGUAUCGCAGUAGGAGACGCUCAAAAAGAUCUUUUAUUUAGUCGAGAUCAAGAAAGUUACACGGUUUGUCGUACAGAGGGCAGAACUGAAGCAACUAAACAACACAUCGCCAACAAUCGUCAAUGUGAGGAACUUCAAACGUGUCAAAGUUGCGUCUCGACGUCGUUUAAUUGCGGAUUUUGUGGCGUCACACCCAGCAAAAGUGUUUGUACGAUCGAUAAAUGUCCCGAUGUUUCGUAUAAACACAAAGCAUCUCCGUUUCCAAUUCGAUCUUUGGAUCAAUGUCAUAGCGAUUCGGAGCCUGUGUGCACACAAUUGCAUGCCUGUCAAGCAUGUCACGCCUUUCCGCAUUGCCAUUGGGACUAUCAGAACGGAAAAUGUCGCCAUUUUGAGAAUUCCAGUGGAGUUCCUGACGCAGAUUUGCCUGGAUGUCCUUCCGUUUGCUCCAGUUUCAACACUUGCGGCAAUUGCACGAACGAGGAAUGUAUUUGGUGUCAAAAUGAGGAACGGUGUGUCGAUAAAAACGCUUAUAUCGCGUCAUUUCCUUACGGGCAAUGUCGCGAAUGGACCACACUUUCGACGAAAUGUCGAUCGCCGAGUAAUGGGACGAGCCAAUGUGAGUUCUACAAGAGUUGCGGGCAGUGCAGAGACGAUCCGGCAUGCGGUUGGUGCGAUGAUGGAUCAAAUACGGGCAUUGGAAAGUGUUUGCCGGGCGGUGAUAGUGGUCCAACGGAAGAAUUUCAUUGUCCGCAUACGCAAAGAUGGCAUUUUACGCAGUGUCCCAAUUGUCAGUGCAAUGGUCACAGUGAAUGUGGUGACGAUGAAAAGACUUGUUUGCAACCGUGUAGGGAUUUAACGCACGGACCCAAUUGCGAAAAAUGCAAAUCCGGGUAUUGGGGCAAUCCGGUGAACGGAGGAAAGUGUCAAAAGUGCGAAUGUAACAACCAAGCCACCCAUUGCAACGGGGAGACGGGCAAAUGUUUCUGCAGCACCAAAGGCCUUGCCGGAGAUCAUUGCGAAAAGUGUGACGUCACGAACCACUAUCACGGCGAUCCGAGUAAGGGCUCGUGUUACUACGAUCUCACAAUCGACUACCAGUUUACGUUUAAUCUUUCGAAGAAGGAAGAUCGGUAUUUUACGCAAAUUAAUUUCCGUAAUUCGCCCAUCAAGGCGGACGUAGAUGCAGACUUUAGUAUAACGUGUAGUGUAGCUGCCAAAAUGAAUAUCACGAUCCGUACGGGUAGUGAGCCACAAGAAAAGACUCUUUUUAGCGGAGUCAAUUGUUCAACAUUCCGUUAUAGAUUCUCCAAGGCCGAAUAUACGUUCGGCAUCGAGGAUAAUAUGACACUAACGACAUUCUACGUGUAUGUGUAUGACUUUCAUCCACCGCUCUGGAUACAAAUUGCAUUUUCACAAUAUCCCAAACUGAAUUUGCAGCAGUUUUUCAUCACUUUUUCCACAUGUUUCCUUGCACUUUUACUGAUGGCUGCCAUCCUAUGGAAGAUCAAGCAACGUUAUGACAUGUUCCGACGACGACAAAGAUUGUACGUUGAGAUGGAACAAAUGGCGUCGCGGCCAUUUUCGCAGGUACCUGUUCUGGUCGACAUUGAGAACAAAGAGUUGCUUGAUACAACUCCUGAAGUCGAAACAAUAACCAAUGUGCUCAAAAAGCGAAAGAAAGAUUCGCCGAGUCCCAUUGCUUUAGAACCUUGUGAAGGCAAUAAGGCAGCAGUAUUAUCACUUCUAGUCCGUUUACCAACUGGUGGUAAAUCCCAUUCUCCUUUAGGACAAGCAGCCGGCAUAGCGGUAGCUAGUGCAUUAGUUACGUUAGGCAAUCGACGUCCCUCGUUAGAUUCGCAUCCGGAAAAGCAACAACAACCCAACUCAAAACAGUCCAACACGAAGAGGUCAACCAAACAAAGUCAACAUCCAGCGGAUUCGUGUACGUAAGAGAGUGUGUUUGUUACGUAAAACACAAAGCAACAACAUCAAAGCAAAGCAAAACAAAAAAACAUGGUACUGAAAUAUGAGAUUUUUAGCAGCUUGUAAAAUAUUAGGAUAAAACAAAUGAAUUUAAAAAUAAUUAAGCUUCCGCUCACUAAACAAGAAAAAAAAACUUUUAAGGAAGGAAUCGAGAGAUGAGAAUCGCGUUAUUUUUAUUCGAAUUUUAUUAGAGCAUUUUUUUUUCUUUAAAUUUUUUAAUUAAAUAAAAGAAAAACCUUGAAAAAAAUGAAGAAAUGUAAAAAAAAAAAUCGAGAAAAAUUUUAGCAAAUAAGUUUCAUGAAGAAUCAAAGAAAGAAAUUUUUUAGAAAAGUUUUUUAACAUAAAAAAAAUCGAUUUCUUUAUAAAAGAUCUCGAACUGUGCUUUCCUUUUCUAUGCGCGCGUCAUUUUUGUAACAAAACUUUUUAAUGUAACUCGUAAAAAAAUAUUUUAAAUUUUUUUUUUGAAUCAAAUUGACAAAAAUUAAUUUUAUUUAAUUAAUUUUCGACGAAAGAGACAUGAAAAAAGUUAAAACCUUAAUGAUAUUAUAUUACAGGAUCCAAUUUUAGAUAAAAAAAAAAUAGCAAAUGCCAUCGAAUACAAAGCUCACGUUGUUAACUUUUAAAAACUUUUAUCUUCUGAACUUUUCACGCAUUAUC